CCAUUAACGUCACUGGGUAAGCGUAACCAAAAAAGACAUGGAGAUGUACGUUGUAAUCGGACUUAUUUUCAUUGCAAUAUCGGCAGUGCAAUGCGGAGACAUUGAAGAGGAGAAGUAUGGUGUUAUUUAUGCCACAGACUGUGAAGUUUGUAAACUUGUCACAAGAGAGGUUUCUGAAAGAUUGCAGUCUACUGACUCCUCUGAUGUAAUUGAAACAGGGUACAGCAUUGAUGGUAAAAAGAAGAAGACUAAAUAUAAUAAGUCAGAGCUGCGACUAGUUGAAACUCUGGAAGAAGUUUGCAAUGGAAUGCUCGAUUACAGGAUACACAAGGAGAGAAAGGACUCCACAAGAUUUGCUAAGAAAAUGAGUCAGACAUUUAAACAAACUUUACAUAACCUUGUGAACAAAGGAGUAAAAGUCGAUUUAGGAAUGCCGUAUGAGCUUUGGGAUGAACCCUCGGCUGAAAUUUCUCACCUUAAAACUCAGUGUGAGAGGUUUAUAGAAGACCAUGAAGAUCGUAUAUCCGACUGGUAUUUUGGAAAGCAGAGAAAUACUCUAAGGGAGUCUGUAUGUAAGAAAGUGCUUCGAGAUAAAAAGUGUUUAGAUGAACCCAAUGGAGAAGACAUUGAAGUUGAACCUGAAGCUGCCUCUGAAACACAAGUCAAGAAAAGUAGGAAAGGGGAUAUGGGAAAGGCUGACAAAAGUGAACUAUAGGUGCAUUCCUUAUGUCACCUAUUAAA